CCAUCAGCGAUGCUGCACCUUUCACCCGCGUGAUAUUCCUCCAGGUCAAUCGCCAUGGGUUCAUCGACUGAAAGCCCUCCCCCUCAGGGCGAACCCACUGCUACUGUCGAUGCCGAAAAGGUCGUCACUGUCACCGAUCAGACAGAUGCAUCCAGCACCACCAAGAAAUCAGACCAGCACGAUGACCCUCCCGUCCAAGAGGCCUCGUUAGGCAGCUACUUUAGGUUACUGUCUUACGCAAGCACAUCGGAUCGCGCGAUUCUCACGGUAGCGCUCGUUUCCUCCAUCGGAUCGGGUGUGCCCCUACCGCUCAUGAACAUCGUCUUUGGCAGCAUGGUAGGAGAGUUCAAUGGAUACUUCACCGAAGGCUCAUCCACCACCGAAGCCGAGUUCAAGUCCGCCAUCAGCCGACUAAGCUUGUAUAUCGUCUAUCUCUUCAUCGCCAAAUUCGCGCUCACGUAUUUCUCAAUGUAUUGCUUCCGCGUCAUCGGCCUGCGAGUUUCAGGAACCCUCCGACUGAAAUACAUGCAAUCGCUCUUCGCCCAACCGAUCAGUAAACUAGACCAAGUGUCCGUCGGCUCCGUCACUAACACGAUCACCACCCUGUCCAACUCGAUCCAGCAGAGCAUCUCCGACAAACUGGCUAUUCUCUUCCAAUCGCUCGCUUUGUUAGUCGCUGCCUAUAUCAUCGCCUUCCGGUAUUCGUGGGCCUUGACCCUCGUCACCAGCGCCGCGCUGCUCUUUAUUCUCAUCGUGUGCUGCUUCACCCUCCCCUUGAUCACCAAGAUCCAGCAGAAGGUCGAUAAGGCCGACGAGAAACACUCGUCCAUCGCCGCAGAGGUCAUCGGCUCCAUCCGGACAGUCGUCUCCCUCGGAGCGGAGGGCACCCUGGCAGAGCGAUACGCGAAGUGGAUCGAGAUCGCCCGGUUGCGCGGAAGAAACCUGUCCUUUGUCAUCGGAGCACAGCUUGGCCUCGUCUUCUUCGCCAUGUACGCCAGCUACUCGCUAGCCUUUUGGUUCGGACUGAAGCUUUACCGGGAGGGUCAUAUCGCCAACAUCAACACGGUUAUCACCGUGUUCUUCUCGAUCAUGGUCGCCGUCAGCGUUCUGGGAAGCAUCGCUUCUCCGCUGAUGAUCGUCUCUAAGGCCGCCAGUGCUGCAGCCGCGUUCUUCGAAAUGAUUGACGGUGACAAGGUCGACGCGAGCGGGCUCCGCAGCCCCGAGGCAUCGGCGGAGGUGGACAUCGUGUUUCAGGAUGUGCACUUCACCUACCCAUCGCGACCAGACGCUCAGGUGCUGAAGGGCUUGAACGCCCGCUUCGAGAAACACAAGACCACCGCCCUGGUGGGUCCCUCGGGCUCAGGGAAAAGUACGAUCGUCGGGUUGAUCGAGCGCUGGUAUGAACUGAAUGCCAAGGCGGAGCACCCUGACCAAGGAGCCAUUUUGGUGGGCGAGCAUAACAUCCAGAGCUUGGAUUUGAAGUGGUGGCGCACGCAGAUCGGUCUGGUGCAACAAGAGCCGGUGCUCUUCAAUGAUACCAUCUUCAACAACAUCGCUUACGGUUUGAUUGGCACGCAGUGGGAAAAUGAGUCUGAGGAAGUCAAGAAGGGUUUGGUGGAGCAGGCUUGCAAGGAGGCUUUUGCGGACGAGUUCAUUGAGCGCCUUCCAGAGGGCUUUGCUACUAUGGUCGGCGAGAACGGCACCAAACUGAGCGGAGGCCAACGGCAACGUCUUGCAAUCGCACGGAGUAUUGUGAAGCAGCCUACUAUUCUCAUUCUGGACGAGGCGACCAGUGCGAUCGAUGUGCGUGGCGAGAAGAUCGUCCAGGCGGCCCUGGAUCGCCUGGCGGAGAAUCGCACCACAAUUGUCAUCGCUCACCGGCUGACGACGAUUCGCAAAGCUGAUCACAUCAUUGUCAUGAAAGGGGGCAUUAAUGUCGAGCAGGGCACACACGAGCAGCUUCUAAAGAUGGAAGAUGGAGUCUACAGCGGUCUUGUCCAUGCACAGACCCUUGAACUGGCGGGUAUCGACGAGGACGACAGCGAAGAAGAGACUGAUCAAACGGACGACGAUGCCAAAUCAGCCAGGUUCAGCAUGCAGAAACUGGAGCAAGAAGAGGAAAUGGAGAAGUCGAAGAAGAGAGGCUUCUUUGGUAGCAUUGGCUUGUUUGUGUACGAGAACCGGCAACAUUGGCGCUUUUAUCUUCCAGCCUUGAUUGGCGCCGCAGGUGCAGGAGGCGCUUAUCCCAUUCAGAGCUGGCUUUUUGCAAGAAUCAUCCAGGUAUUCCAGUAUUCUGGUGACAAGCUCGUGCACGCUGCGAACUUCUGGGGCCUGAUGUUCUUCGUGCUUGCUUUGGGAAACGCGGCUUGUUAUGCAACGGUGGGCUAUUCUGCCAACAGGUUCUCUGUGGAAAUCUCCUCGUACUGCAGAACCCAAUACUUCCGGAACAUCAUCGAGAAGCCGAUUCCGUUCCACGAUCGCAACGAGAACGCCUCCGGUUCGUUAGUCUCUCGCCUCGCUACCGAUCCAAAGCAGGUACAGGACCUCCUCGGCAUCAAUGGUGCAUUUCCCUGUAUUUCCGUCUUCAGCAUGAUCGGGUGUAUCAUCAUUGCCUUCACGUUCGGCUGGAAACUCAGUCUCGUGGCGGUACUCGCCGCGCUGCCAUGCACCUUCCUGGCGGCCUUCAUGCGCAUUCGAUACGAGAUGCAGUUCGAAGCGAUGAAUGCGGCCGUCUACUCGGGCAGCUCCCAAUUCGCCGCCGAAGCCAUCGAUGCCUUCCGCACCGUGUCGGCAUUGACCAUGGAGGACGCGAUCAUGAACCGCUACUCGGCUAUGCUACUCGAACAACAAAGCAAGGCCUUCCGCAAGGCCUGGUACGCGACUCUCAUCUUCGCGUUCUCUGACAGCGUCGAGCUGUGCGCCAUGGCUCUCACAUUCUGGUAUGGCGGUCAGCUCCUCGCCUCGCGAGAAUACGAACCCACCUCGUUCUUCGUCAUCUACAUGGCCAUCAUCCAGGGCGGCCAGCAAGCGGGCCAAUUCUUCAGCUUCGGAUCCAACAUCGCGCAGGCCACCGCCUCCGCCAACCGGAUGUUGAACUUCCGGCCCUCCAAGGCGAGUCGCAUUCACACCGAGAAGCAAAACAUCACCGACCUCGACACCCAGAAUGCGGCGAGCAUCGACUUCCGCAACGUCGCCUUCCGCUAUCCCUCCCAGGACAACGCGCUCUUCACCGGCCUGAACCUUAACAUCGCCAGCGGCCAGUUCGUCGCAUUCGUCGGCCCCUCGGGCUGCGGCAAAACCACCGUUAUCUCGCUCCUGGAGCGUUUCUAUAACCCCUCGCAGGGCAUGGUGCUCCUCAACGGACAGGACAUCUCCGCCAUCGACCGAUCCGCCUACCGCCAGACGAUCUCCCUCGUCGCGCAGGAACCGCGCCUCUUCGAAGGCACGAUCCGCGAGAACAUCACCCUCGGUCUCAAGACCGCGGACGUGUCCGAGGAAGACAUCAUCCAAGCGUGCCGCGACGCCGAGAUCCACGACUUCAUCACCUCCCUCCCGCAGGGCUACUCCACGGAGCUGGGCAUCAAGGCCCAAGCCGCGCUGAGCGGCGGCCAGCGUCAGCGGAUGUGUAUCGCGCGGGCGCUCCUCCGCAAGCCGACGCUGCUGCUCCUCGACGAGGCGACGUCGAGUCUGGACUCGCAAUCGGAGAAGGUGGUGCAGGCUGCCAUGGAGAAGCUGGCGGCCAAGCGGUGCAUGACGAUCGUGGCGGUCGCGCAUCGCCUGGCGACGAUUCAGAAGGCUGAUGUCAUCUUCGUCUUUGGCGAGAACCAGUCCGGGUGUGGGUCGCGGAUUGUGGAGCAGGGGACGCACCAGGAGCUGUUGCGGAAUAAGGGGAUGUAUUAUCAAAUGUGCCAGGAAAAUGCGUUGGAUAAGUAGUGAUCCGGUUAGCGGACUAGGGACGAUGGCAUACAGAGGUGGUACUUAAUGGACAUAUACGUGUAUAAUUAGUAGUUUAGAUACCCAGGCAAGACUGUUAUUUUGCUGCCAGCUGCAUCGGUUGGCGAUUCUCUCACUCAGUUCUGUCAGAAUCUUGUUAAUUUGCCGUGGAGGAUGCCUGAACACAGAUAGUGUGAAUCUCCUCUAAUAGUUUCCCA